AGGGGCAUCAGCAGAAUCAUCCCAAGAAGAUCUGCCAUCUUGUGAAGGGUCAAACAUUGCCAUUGGUAUGGAAAUCUCAGAACCAGUUGUAGAAAAUGGAGAAACAGAAAUGUCCCCUGAGGAAUCGUGGGACCACAAAGAAGAAAUCAUUGAACCCGAAUUAGCAAGUGGCCCUUCUGGUGAUGCAGGGCCCAUUGAAGAGGGCACCCAGGAAAUGAUGGAGGAAGAGGAGGAGAUGCCAAAACCCAAAUCCAUGGUGGCUCCCCCAGGUGCUCCCAAGAAGGAACACGUAAAUGUGGUGUUCAUUGGACAUGUAGAUGCUGGAAAAUCAACAAUUGGAGGACAAAUAAUGUACUUGACAGGCAUGGUUGAUAAAAGAACACUUGAAAAAUAUGAAAGAGAAGCUAAAGAAAAAAACAGAGAAACCUGGUAUCUCUCUUGGGCCUUAGACACAAACCAGGAAGAGCGGGACAAAGGGAAAACAGUAGAAGUGGGCCGUGCCUAUUUCGAAACAGAGAAGAAACACUUCACAAUUUUAGAUGCCCCAGGGCAUAAGAGCUUUGUUCCAAAUAUGAUAGGUGGUGCUUCUCAAGCUGAUUUAGCUGUAUUGGUAAUCUCUGCAAGAAAAGGAGAAUUUGAAACUGGUUUUGAGAAAGGAGGGCAGACGAGAGAGCAUGCCAUGCUAGCAAAAACAGCAGGUGUAAAACACUUAAUAGUUCUCAUUAAUAAAAUGGAUGACCCAACUGUGAACUGGAGCAACGAAAGGUAUGAAGAAUGUAAAGAAAAACUGGUGCCAUUCUUGAAGAAAGUAGGGUUCAAUCCCAAAAAAGACAUUCACUUCAUGCCCUGCUCAGGACUGACUGGAGCGAAUCUCAAGGAGCAGUCUGACUUCUGUCCUUGGUAUAUCGGGCUACCAUUUAUUCCAUAUCUGGAUAACUUGCCAAACUUCAACCGAUCAGUUGAUGGACCAAUCAGGCUGCCAAUUGUUGAUAAAUAUAAGGAUAUGGGCACGGUGGUUUUGGGAAAGCUGGAAUCAGGCUCUAUUUGCAAAGGGCAGCAGCUUGUGAUGAUGCCAAACAAGCACAACGUGGAAGUCCUUGGAAUCCUUUCUGACGACGUAGAAACUGAUUCUGUAGCUCCAGGUGAAAAUUUGAAGAUCCGACUGAAAGGAAUUGAAGAGGAAGAAAUCCUCCCAGGGUUUAUACUCUGUGAUCUUAAUAACCUGUGUCAUUCUGGACGCACUUUUGAUGCUCAGAUAGUGAUCAUUGAACACAAAUCCAUCAUCUGCCCAGGUUAUAAUGCGGUGCUGCAUAUUCAUACCUGCAUUGAAGAAGUUGAGAUUACAGCCUUAAUCUGUCUGGUAGACAAGAAAUCAGGAGAGAAAAGCAAAACACGGCCCCGUUUUGUCAAACAAGAUCAAGUAUGCAUUGCCCGUUUACGGACGGCAGGAACCAUCUGCCUUGAGACAUUCAAAGACUUCCCUCAAAUGGGCCGCUUCACCUUAAGAGACGAGGGUAAAACCAUUGCAAUUGGGAAAGUUCUGAAAUUGGUUCCAGAGAAGGACUAAGCAUUGUUUUUGACAAGCCUGCACAAAUACUGUAAGGAGGGGGUUAAAAAUGACUCUGCAGAGCCCUAUUUCACAUUGCCUUCUUUUCUUCCCAUUGAUAAUCUCCUCCCUCUAUUUUGCAAAGAUGAAAUUUCACAGCAAAGGUCCACAUUAUGUCAGCUUUCUCAUAUUGAGAGCUCUGCUAUGCCACUGUUGAAUUACCCUGAAAAGUUUCAUUUUGUUUUGUUUUUCUUCCUCCUCCUCCUCCUCCUCCUCCUUCUCCUCCUCAGUUCAGCUUCCUUGGAAAGAUUUGGCAAUAGCUUUGUAAGUGAUGUGGACAUAAUUGCCUAGAAUUAUGAAAAAAUCUACAGGAUUUAUGUUUAAUUGUCCCCUCCCAUCAAACUGAAGCAUUUUUCAAGGCAGAUCAUUCAGGUGUGCAUGCGUGCACAUGUUACAAACACAAUUACCAUGUUAAUAAACUCUCCAAUUUGAAAUC